AUGACGAGCAAGAGAGUGUCAAAGGCCAAAGUGAAGCAGCUCUAUCACUCUGCGAAGAGAUACCUGUCUAAGCCCACUGAGGAGCAGGCUGAAACUAUCGCGAGAGCCAUAGUAGAGGAACCAGAGGUGGUUCAGCUAGGUAAAACCACGGUAUCAACGCUGCAGGACUCCUUUGGAAUCUACCAGGCCGACCGCGAGGCGUUCGAGCCCCAGCCUGUGAUUGAGAAUAUCUCCCCGCCAGAAGACCUUCUCUCAAUGUUAGAGCGUCUUCACCGUGCCACAGGCUGUCUUGACCAGGACGACGAAAAUGAGGCAUUGGUGAGGAGCCGCUUGGACAUGAUUUUUAUUGCGUCCAUCGACACCGUCCAAAACACCUGUGGGCGUACUUGUGCCCCGAUUAAGCUCCAGUAUGAAACUACUCUAGAGUGCACUGUAGUAAAGGAGGGCAUAGCAACCAAAAGAUUUACAGGAAAGGUUGAUUACAGUAUAGGGUAUGGCAAGCCUGACCAGCCAGAAGCAAACUUGGCUAUAAUAGAGGCCAAGGGCCCAACUACCUUUUCCCGCGCCAGGACCCAGCUCCUAGGGUACCUUGGUAUGUACUAUCCCCUCACUGCCUAA